AUGGGUAUCUUCAGCAAGAAGCCGAAGCCCCGAUCAGAGGCUGCCAAGGCGGAAGCGGCAGCCUUGGGUCCAGUGGUGUUGGAGCUUGAGGGCAACAGGCUCACGUUUGAGGACGGAGCCUGGCGGUCAGAUUACUACGGCCCCAUCCCCAAAUCGGCAGAAGGCAUCGAGCGCGAGCUUCUGGAGCUGAGGGUUCAAGUGAAGAAGCAAGCCGCCGAGCUGGAGACAUAUGCCGCGCAGGCAGAGCGGCUGCGGGAGGCGAGAGAGCGGUGGAACUUGCUGGACUUCAAGUACCAGCUGCUGAUGGACAUGUGGACUAUGCGAGUCUUGGACAACGACCGUGACCUUCACGAGUCUCGAAGCAGCAAGGGGAGCCCUCGGAGUCACAUUCAUUAGUAUACAGAUGUAUGUAAAGACAGAAGAUCGAUUCAACUAGUGCUUGGCGAUACUGCCUUGCUCCCAAAACAACACUGGCACUACACGUAGGUUGGUCGAAAGUACCAAUAAUCAAUUUGGGACUGCAGUUUCGAUUCACAGGGCUAACGCAGAGCUCUGCUCUAGCCGUUCGGAACCGACAGAGAUCACUUUUAGUGUUUAGGGACGGCCCCGAAGAUCACUCUGCAGAAGAGGUUGCUCAGCAUCAUGCAAUUUAGAAAGGCCUAGCGUACAGUGAUUCUACUUUCGACAGCGAAAUUAAGCAAGCAGAUAGGACUGCAGGACCGCUGGCAAAUCCUGACGAUAGGAACUGGGUAGAGGUAGUGAUACUACGGCAAAGACACGGUGGCUUUUACAGUACGGAGACAGACGGUGGAUACGUGAUCGGUUGAGUGGACGGGACUUGAUCAAAGUAGGUGCAGGCAGAUACGAUGUUCUUUUUCAAAGCUCGAUAGAACGUUUGCCGGAAGCAGAACUGUUACAGUGACCGUGUGGGGUUGAAUAGAGCUGGCUAGCUGGGAUUUGAGGUAAUUGCCGUCUGCUUUCGAACAGUCCGAACGGGGGCCCUCCGCGAG